AUGCCGACUGGUAGUACCUGGAUGAUGGAUGAAGCUACCCGUAACAAAUUCCUCAAGAACUACAAAACCCAGGUGGCCUCGGCAACUUCCACGAUCUGCGCGACUCUUGCUGUAACCCCUCUUGAAAAUGUGAAAACUCGCAUGCAGACCCACAACUUUAAGAAUGUGUUGCAGUGUGUCCGCUACUUGUGGCGGACUGAAGGUCCCCGUGGCUACGUUGCCGGGGCUCUGCCACCUCUAGCGAGUGUUACAGCUGUUCGGGUUGUAAACUUUUCUACAUAUAACGCUGCCAAACAUCGUAUCUCCGAUUUCUUCGAGAGAAUGACUGGCCAGUCUCCCCUGGCUAUGUACAAUCAACCGGGCAGCACACCUACCGUCUCUACCUUUGUGACAUUUACCACUGCUGGGCUAAUUGCUGGACUCAUUACCUCUCCGCUUGCAUGCCCCUUUGAGCUUGCUAAGAACGUUGUUCAGACCUCAGUCUUGGUGUCAAACCGUGCCCAGGCCUCGCCGGACGCGGUCAAGGACCCCUCAUUGCGCAACAAGCCCCGUCUCGGCACUAUAGAGGCGAUUCGGCAGAUUGUCCAACGUUACGGAAUCCGUGGUCUGUAUACUGGCUUUCAUUUGCACGCUCUGCGUGACACUCUCGGGUCUGGCUUAUACUUCAGUGUCUACGAAACGGUAAAACAAGUCGCUUCCAAAGAGCUUGGUCCAGACAAAUCCCCAUUCGGCGGUCCCAUGAUUGCCGGGGCGAUUUGCAGCACUGUUCCGUGGUUUUGUACCUACCCACUUGAUACUCGAAAGACUCGCGCCCAGAGCGUGUUGCUCGGAAAGUCCAGCGAAGUCGGGGAGGCGUCGGCCGCGGUUGCCAAGUCCAGUAUGUAUAAAGGAAUAUCUAUUAUUCUCAUCCGUACUGGGGUAAACAACAUGAUCUUGCUCAGUAUCUUCGAAUACAUAAAGAUGAAAAUCAAUCAAUUGGAUUGA